AUGAAAGACAUGAUUAAAGAUGCCCUGAAAAAACGUGACUUUACUGAAGAUGCCCUGAUAUUGGCACAAGCAGCAACAAUCGUUAGAAAUGAUAUCUUUCAUCAUGAAGGAUUCCAAUUCACCAGCCAGUAUCCACCUGGUUGUCAGAAGAAAUCAUUACCAUCGAGUCUACAGUGUAUCGUCUCUAUGAUUGUUAAUGGUCCAAAUCUGGCAGAGAGUAACGAUUCACAAGUGUGUCUAACUGUUGGACAAACCAUCGUCCGCAACGUCAAGAAACGUAAACUUAAUUCGCCUAAGAAAGUUCGGCACACUCGAGAGAGAGAACCUCCACUAGCAAUUUACAUUGGCAUAAAUAUAUACGCACUGACUAGAAGUAAGAAGAUCAUCCAACAGUUAUACCACAUGGGUAUUAGUGUUUCCUAUGACAGGGUGGUGCAAAUUGAAGAGUGGCUCGCCACAGCUGUAUGCGAGAAGUUUGAAGAUGAUGGUGUAGUGGCUCCAACUAUUCUGCGAAAAGGGCUCUUUACUGUUGGCGCUCGUGACAAUCUCGAUCGCGAUCCAAGUGCAACAACAGCCACGACAUCUUUUCAUGGCACUGGCAUUAGUAUAUUUCAAAUCCCAAGCACGAGUGAACCCGGUGUCAUCAGGGAACCUGUCACUUUACCGCCAUCGAGGGCGUAUACUCACUCGCUUCCAGACCAUUAUGCUUCUGUUCCUGCAGUUUCGUUGAAGUAUACUCAUGUUCAGGUAGCAGAGAGUAAUAGUGAACCUGUUAAGCUUGACCUGACAGAUGCAAAACUUGAAGAAUGUGACUGGAUGGAACAUAGUCUUCAACAUAUCAGUGAUGUGGAACUGUGGAAGACGAGUUCACUUACAUGGUCUGCUUAUGACGCCACUCAACAACAGCCAACAUCAGAGCUAACAGCAAUAUGUGCGCUGCUCCCUCUCUUCUAUGAAAAAUCAAACACUCCAGCAAUGAUUAAACAUGGCAUGGAUAUACAUCGGCAGGCAACAGAGUAUCUCAACCCAGGACAAAUCCCAGUGAUUACGUUUGACCAGCCUCUUUUCGCGAUCGCCAAGUACGUACUAUGGAAAUGGUCAGAUCUCUAUGGCGAGAAAGUCUAUGUAGUUAUGAUGUGCGGAUUGCACAUUGAGAAGGCGCUAUGGAACACUGUUGGCGAUUUAUUAGAUGGGUCAGGUUGGACAACAGCUCUCGCUGAAUCUGAAGUUGUUUCAUCUGGAACAGCUGAUUCAUUCCUGAAAGUAUCACACAUUACCAGGACUCGGCAUGCCCACCAGGUCACUGUUCUUGUUCUUCAGAGGCUACUGAAUGAGGCAUUCAACCAGAGAUCUAAGCCCCGUUUACACUACGCUCAAUUUUUGGUACGGCACAGAUAAAAUUGGUACCCGUACCACUUUUUUUUGGUUCUUGGACUACCUAUUUAGCUAAGUCCCGUUUACACUACGCUCAAUUUUUGGUACCGUACCACUUUUUGGUUCUUGGUACGGGUACCAAUUUUUAUCCGUGCCGUACCAAAAAUUGAGCGUAGUGUAAACGGGGCUCUAAUGUUGAUGAGAGUUUGAGAAACUGGCUCCAGCCAACAAAUGUGCAAGAAAUCUCCCACGUUCAAGUUCUGGAACAUGAUCGCACACUAUGAGAUUCUGAUUCUCAUAUUUGUUAGAGCCCAUAGGGAGAGAAACUUCCCAUUGUAUGUUACUGUAUUAGAGGUACUCGUACCAUUGUUCGUUGCGUUAGACCACGUGAACUGUUCUCGGUGGCUGCCUGUACACAUCAGAGACAUGAAGGCGCUGCCACAAGAGAUCAAAGAUGAGUUUGAAACUCGGAAUCACUGGACAAUCGCAAAGUCGUUACACAGAUACUCUGCGCUCCCAAUCGACCAAGCGCAUGAGCAGGAGAAUAAAGUGGUGAAAGCAUCCGGUGGUGCAGUAGGGCUAACUGAGAAUCCAGUUGCCUUCAGGCCCUGGAUGACCGCUGGACCCGAGCUUGCCAGACUUCUGAGACAGUACGAGAAUGGACAUCUUCAUGACGAUGAUCCGCAAAACCCCGCUCUUCGAACUUCGAAAACUUCGAACACCAUAAGCAGGGACUUGCAGCCCAGAAAACCUUUCAGCGACAAGUUGAUAGCCUAUCUAACACAAUACGCAACAUGGGAAAUCCCUUCUUGGAUAACUUCGCAGAGUUGGUAACUCUUGAUAGUCGUAACUGCGCAAAUGAGGCGGUAGUGAAUACAAUCCGUACACUGGAAGACGCAGGCACAAAGAAGUAUCAAGACUAUGUGAAGACCGUGCUAGUCGAUCGGAGUCACUCAAUACAUGAUACGAUCUCAAACAAUUUACUACCCCUGUUCUCAACAAAGCUCAAAGUCAGAUCGAAGGAUUGCAAGAAAGUAAAGGUGUUUGAGAACAAUGUGGCACUCCUCGGCCAGUUAUACAUCUCCUUACAAAAUAGAGAUGGUGACAUCAGUGAAUUCUUUGCGCACGAAGUUCAAUCGUAUCCUCCAUCCCUGUCUGAGUUUGUAAAGCUUAAUCUGUCUGGUACCAAAUGUCAUCUGUUACAAUUUAUCAAGGAACCAAACCAGACAGAAGCACCUUAUUAUAUGACUGCAAAGUUCUGGAUGGUGCGGUGA